UACAGAACUGGCAACCCAUCAGCUGUGCAUGCCGCCAAUGGAAGCAGAGUUUAUAAAAGAACACACCGGGAGCAUGAAGGCUGCUCAUGUCAAGCGCAGAUCUGCUGUUUAACUCCUGGUAACCAGGAUCCGUGCUGAUCUGGAGGAAGACCACCAGGAGAAUAGUUUGUGGACAGCUGUGUCCGAACAAGAGGACGCGUACCACUAGAGUAGACUUGACGGAAUCCGAAUCGGGACACGGCUCAUACCGAGUGAUCGAAAAAUCGACUUUUUUCCAAAUUUCUCAUUUUUUUUCCUCUGUGGUCAUGAGCGGUAUGAACUUCCUCGGGUCAUUGGUUUUGUGCGCUUUGUUUUUGCCGCUUUCUGAGCCGAGCGGUCAGCUCCUGAAGUGCCACGAAGUGCGCUCAUCCUUCCAGUUUCUGUAUCCAGGCACCAAGUGGGCUCCGGAAACCCCAGUCUCAGGCUCAGACCUGCAAGUGUGCCAGUCGAAAGGACUCACUUGCUGCUCUCGCAAGAUGGAAGAGCGUUACCUCCUCACCGCCAAACAGAAUCUGGAGUCGAAUCUACAGGCCAGCAGCGCCCAUCUCAAACUCCUCAUCAUCCAGAACGCAGCCCUCUUUCAAGAGGCCUUUGAUAUGGUGUUGUGCUUGGGCCGUAACUCUACUCUCACCCUCCUGAGGGAGGAGUUCCCCAGCCUGGGAAGUGCAGCCAAUGGUGCUGCCACUCAGCUCUUCCUGGAAAUGUCCCUCUACAUCCUUGGAUCUGAUGCCAACGUGGAUGACAUGGUGAUCUCCUUCUUCUCACGGCUUUUCCCUCUUGCCUAUCGCCGCCUCUUGGGCAAUGGGGCAGCAGCAGGAAUCUCAGAUGAGUGCAUGCAGAGGACGUGGCGUGAGGUGUCAGCAUUCGGCUCUUACCCUAAGCUAAUGAUGACACGCCUCUCGCGUUCACUGCUGGCCACGCGUCUCUUCCUUCAGGCGCUGAACCUGGGCAUUGAGGUGGUGAACACCACGCAGCACCUGAAGGCGGGACGGGAGUGCGGCCGGGCACUGCUCCGCCUCUGGUACUGUCCGCUGUGUCAAGGGCUGAUAGAGGCACGACCAUGCAAAGCAAUGUGUCUUGCAACUAUGGGCACCUGUCUUGGGGGGGCAGCUGAGGUGCAGCCGCACUGGAGAGCCUACGUGGAGGGAUUGGGCACUUUGGCAGCUGCCAUGAGAGGAGUACAGGACAUUGAGGCAGUGGUGCUCAGGCUGCAUGUCACCAUCCGGAUGGCACUCAGACACAUUGUGGGGACCAAGAACAGAGUGAAUGAACAGGUGAGCAGCAUGUGUUCACACACACCCAAGCGCAAGGCUCGUGCAGUGACGUCACCGGUGGAGCCGGCGCUAGUCAUUCAGCCUGUCAACUUCGAUCCAGAUGAGACUCUUUCUGGACAGCGCAGAGAGUUUAUCCAGAGUCUGAGGGGCUUCAGUUUCUUCUAUGCUAAUCUCAGUGAGACUCUGUGCAGCCGAGAGCCAGCGGCACUCAACGGCUCCCUCUGCUGGAACGGGCAAGAGAUGACAGACAAGUUUUCAGGUUCAGUGCCGAAGAAGAGCCACCCUCACGGAUCAGACCCCAAACACAAGCAGCCCGAGCCGGUCGUCAGCCAGAUCAUUGACAAACUCAAACACAUCAACCAGGAUGGAGAGGCAGAUCUGAGCAGGACGUGGGGGGAAGUCCAGGGGUCUGGGCUGUUACGGAUGGUGAUGUCACCGGAGAAGCGAUGGAGGGCUCGCCCAGGAGGGGGCACCCCACGAAGAGAUCCAGACCGACUGAAUCAAGGGGAAGAGGAUGAGGAAGGUCUAGAAAGUGGUGACUGUGAUGAUGAAGACGAAUGUGCUGGAGUUUCAGGACUCGGGCUACCCACACGACGCAAACGUUUACGUAUUUUUGCCGAUCUGGCAGAUAAUUUGGCAAUGGAUGACUUGACCUUUCACGAGUUGCUCCUGACCCCGAGACUUGCCACAGACACACAUGGCGGAGCGUCUGUACCCGGAGCAGCACACGGGCUGUAUGUCCCCAACCACGUCUUCUUUCUGUUCGUCAUCCUCCUUCUCUUUGGAUUUCAGUGAACCUUCCAGUCUCUUUUCCACAGACUCCACUCCCGAACCCAUCUUCAUCAACAGUGAAUUUGAAAGGACACCGCAGCUGAACCUUUGUACAUACAGUGAAAGAUGAGCUCGACUAAGGACAGAAGACUCUUUCUCCCUUUAUGUGUGCUAUCUCUGCUUUUACUUAAUGAACGUCUGUUUUUUUCUGUACUUCCACAAGGACCUGUUCAGUUGCCAAACCAUUAAAGACGUACUCUCCCAGAGCAUGAUAAAUACGUCACAUAUCCUAACUGUAUCCUAUUGUGCUUUUAUCCCACAGUACAGUCAUCUGUUUAACAUGGGACAUUAUUUGCUCUCUGGUGUUUUACACAUAGCUUUACACAAAGAAUCGAGCUUCCUGUAGGUAAAGGACCUGACCGCCCUUUUUUUUCUUUUAGAGGCCAUGCUUUUGUAAUUUAUUGAACUUUGUAGAGGAGGAAGACUGUGACUAAUGGGGUCUGGGGAAAUGUAAUGCUUCUCUAGUGGACAUGAAGUCUGUCUGAUUCCUGGACACGCUCAAACACAAACACACACACACACAUGCACACACCACGUUGCAUCCUAAUUCUGCCACUCAUUUCCUCUGCAGUAAAUGAUCCUUGCAGGAGAUCAAGGGAUUGGUAUGUCGUUGUGAAAUCUUCUCACUGCAGGGUGACACCAGCUCAAUUUUAUUUGGAGAGAUAACAGUUUAUUAGAAUGGUAUCUUUACCUUUUGCAGUCAUGCUAUCUUUUCUCCCAUCCAUCACACUCGCUUUGAUUUUUUUCUUGCUUCGGAGACACAUCUUUCUCUCUUUCUCUUGUAUCUGUAUCCUUUACUGUCUCUCUGACUCUCGCAGUGAGUGGCCAUGUCAUAUUUCAAUGUGCAUUGGACCUGGAUGAUUAAAGAUAUGGCCCACGUGGACAACCUUAAGUGUCCUCCUCUUGUCCAUGCUUUGAUUUACAAGUUGCUAAGACAAUGCCAUCCAAGAAAGGAGGUGCUGGGUUGAUGGCCGAAGUGCCAGACUGUGCUUUUCUUUGUUUCUAAAACUGGCACGUGAAGGGAUAAUCCUGUAUUACAGACCGCUGUAAUAAUUCACUGUACAAUUUACAGGAAAUAAUCAUAAAAUAUAUUUACAUUAAAAUACUGUAAUAUGUUUACAGUUAAUUACUUUUAGAUAUUUUUACAGUAUAUCAUUGUUUCAGUACUGUAAAUUUUAACUGUGAGUUCUAUUGACAUUUGGCUCAUGCUUCUUUGAAACGUAAAGGUUAAACGUCAACCAGCACAUUUUGGCAGUUUGGAUUUACAUCGGAGAAGGUAUGAGAUGGUCCCUAAAGGAAUUUGUGAAAUUUUUUGUGAUUGUUUUGGCUAAAAAAUGCUUGAUUUUUUUUCUGCACCUUUUUUGUGAGGUUUAUCUGCUUUUAUUUAUUUAUUUAUUUAUUUUUAAGCAGUGUGAAUUGGCAAAAUUGCGAGCAUUGUAUUCUUCUUUUAAACCACUACCAGUGAAGACACAUUUAAUUACUUUCUGUUAUAGCUGUACUCAUGUUUGACGCAUAUGAAUCAAAGGCUUUAAUUGAAUCAUCACCGUUGUGGUGACGUCUUGAUGCGUCUUGGCCCAGAUAUGCGGAAAAUCCACAGUAGUUUGGAACUGCAAGCUCCUCUGAAUAGGGUCACGUUUGCUCGAUUUUUAAUCAGUUUCUGCGAUGACAAAAUCACAAAAUCCUGGAGGGAUUAGUAAAUUGACCUGAAAGAGUUCAGAUCCACUAAUUUUCCGUUGUUGACACAAUGGCAAUCUUUAGUAAAACAUUAAUUAUUUCACAAUGCAUUGUGGUAUUUUACUGUAAAACAAAUUCACUGCUCUAAUUGGCCAGAUGUUUACAGUAGAAUCCUGUACAUUAAUAAACAGUAUUUUGCUGUAAAAUAAAUAUUGUAAAUGUACAGGGUUUUUUGUUUUUUUUUACAGUGUAGAGUAGUAAAUGUUCUUGUAAAUUACGGAAAGGGUUUAAUAUUUUGAUGCUACAGUAUGUCUGAAGAAGCGAGCCAGUAUCCGCAGCCAUAUGUUGCCCAGACGUAUAGCAGCGUAUGAGACUCUGGAAUAAAAAGCGUCUCAUUCCAAUCUCAUCUGAAAGCAAUAGGCAUUGUAAGUUCAAGUAAACAAUCAAAGACUCAUGAAUGAAAUCACAUCUAAAAUCCAGUGGGAAUUAAAUUAGUGACUACACACUGGCCUGAAGUGAAUUGUGUUAAGAAGUCCUGUAAUUAAACACCAGAUUCCCUCAUUGCUGUUUAUAUUACAGCAGACUGUGUACUGGGCGAGUAUCUGAGGCCAUUUGGCAGCUCUGUUCAACAUUCAGUGACAAGUCCGUCUUGUAUUUGCAACACUUCUCCUUGGAUGACCAGUAGUUGUGAUUUGUGGAAGUCAAUAUGAAUUUUUUUUUUUUGAAGAGUGUGUGGUAACAGAGUGUGUCCUAUCCAAACCAGAUUACAAUGUUUUCUGGUUUUGUGACUGCAUUUUGAUUUCACAGUUUUCAUAUUUAUUAAAGUCAAUAAACAUGUUGACAUUG